GAAGGACUUCUUUAUAUUUGGGUCGAAAGAAAACACACUGUCCAAACUCUCUCGCUCCGAAACAUCAAAUCUACGAGAAACAAAAAUCGAAGCAGAACAAUGAGCAGCAUAGGAACAGGCUACGAUCUCUCCGUCACCACCUUCUCCCCCGACGGCCGCGUCUUCCAGAUCGAGUACGCCGCCAAGGCCGUCGACAACAGCGGGACUGUCGUCGGCAUAAAAUGCAAGGACGGGGUUGUCAUGGGUGUGGAGAAGCUCAUAGCAUCAAAGAUGAUGUUACCCGGUUCAAAUCGAAGAAUUCACGCCACUCACCGUCAUUCUGGCAUGGCUGUUGCUGGAUUAGCAGCAGAUGGCAGACAAAUCGUUGCACGAGCAAAGUCUGAAGCAACAAAUUAUGAAAGUGUCUAUGGCGAACCUAUUCCUGUGAAGGAACUUGCUGGACGUGUUGCCAGUUAUGUGCAUCUGUGCACCUUGUACUGGUGGCUCAGACCAUUUGGAUGUGGAGUGAUUCUUGGAGGCUACGACAGAGAAGGACCACAAUUAUACAUGAUUGAACCUUCUGGCAUUUCAUAUAGGUACUUUGGUGCUGCAAUUGGGAAAGGAAAGCAGGCUGCCAAAACGGAAAUUGAAAAGUUGAAGCUUUCUGAAAUGACCUGUCGACAAGGAGUCAUUGAAAUAGCCAAGAUCAUUUAUAAGGUGCAUGAUGAGGCUAAGGACAAGGCUUUUGAAUUGGAAAUGAGCUGGGUCUGUGACGAGUCGAAGCGUCAACACGAGAAGGUACCGGAAGAGCUUUUGGAGGAGGCCAAGUCUGCAGCGAAGGCCGCUUUGGAGGAAAUGGAUGCUGAUUGAUGGAGCCACCCUGAACGUUUGUGCUUUAUGUAGCUUGUCAUUCUCCGCAGAUUCUCCCCAACUCGAAACAAACAUAAUUGAAUUUUUGGACUUCCUUUCCAUUUGUUUCUUUUCAGCGCGAACGGGGAGGGACUGCUGGAAUAUUUCAAUAACACUUGUAUUUGAGUUCCCUUUGCUUUUUACUCUGUUUUUUUGGUACUCAAAAGAACUGCAAUCAAUUUUACUCAA